CACUCACCAGGUCACUGGAUCGCCGCGUGGACGUCAAUGCCCCAGCUGACGGAGUCCGCGAACCUGCCGAAUCCGCCAUUCAACGAGACCGGCCUGGUAUUCAGCAACAGCACCAUCCGCCAGACCAUUCACGUCACAGCCACCUCUCCCCACAUCCGCCUGCGCAUAUCGAACGCGUUCGGCAUCACCGACCUACCCAUCACCGCGGUCACCAUCGCGAAACCAUUUGGCGGGGUACCGGGCAUUCCUGCGAUCGACACGAGCACACUGAAGACCCUAACGUUCAGCGGCUCACCGUCAUUCACAAUUCCGAAUGGCGCGCUUGUAGUGUCCGAUCCGGUCGACUUCGAGGUCAAGGCGGGGACGGAGCUGAGCAUAACCAUGUUCCUCGAGGACGGCCAGGUCACCAACGACAUCACCAGCCACCCUGGCAGCAGAACAACGAGUUGGUUCACGUUCGGAAACCAGGUUUCUGCAGCAAACCUGACCGGCCCGGCGUUGCAAAACGUCGCACACUGGUUCUUCAUCAGCACGCUCGAUGCAUGGGUCCCGAGGACGCAGCGCACCGUCGCGUUCGUCGGCGACAGCAUCACCGACGGCCGCGGCAGCGACACCGACAAGAACAACCGCUGGCCAGACCUCCUGUUUGCACGCGUGCACUCCUCCAACGACGUCGCGCUGAACACUCUCGCGUUCGCGAACCAGGCCGCGGGCGGAAACCGCAUCCUCGCCGACGGCCUCGGCCCGAACGCGCUCGGCCGCUUCGAUCGCGACGUGCUCUCGCAGCCUGGCGUGAAGUACGUCGUCGUCUUCGAGGGCGUGAACGACAUCGGCGUCGCGGCCCCCACGCAAGCCGCGCAACAGGCGAUAGGGGACGCGGUCAUCGGCGCGCUCCGCCAGUUCAUCGUGCGCGCACACGCGGCGGGCUUGCCCAUCUUCGGUGCGACGAUCACGCCGUUCAGCGCACCCGGGUUCGACGCAUCUGUGCAGGCGUACUCGAGCCCCGUGCGCGAGGCGACGCGCCAGCGGGUGAACAGCUGGAUCCGGACGGGCGGGGAGUUCGACGGGUUGAUCGACUUCGAUGCGGUCGUGCGCAACGCGUCAGCGCCGAGCCAGCUCAGGGGAGACUUCAACUCGGGCGACUUCCUCCAUCCCAACGUCGCGGGAUACACGGCGAUGGCGAACGCGUUCCCCAUCGAGCUCUUCAAGCAGUUCGAGGACGGCGUUGGUGGUUGGGCUUGAACAAAAAGGGUUCUGCACAUAGCGCAGGGGUGGUAUAACUAGCACUUUGUAGCACAACGCCCUCUCACGGGAAUGCACCGCAUAUAUGCGGGUUAUAAUGCCUUGUCAUCGCCUCUGAGUGAGCGUGUUUGUGUGUAUGCACAUCGCUAUUCCAGCUAUGACAAGAUCAUAUCAAUGAAAGG